AGGAGCGGAGUGGUGUGCAACAGCACUGUCUUUCUGUCUCAAUGGUUUCUGGGUCGUCAAUCGCCACUCUGGUGAUUUUUAUCCUUUCCAUAAUAUUUGUGAUACGCCCUGUCACUAUACCUGCUCCCCGACCUAUACCCCAUAUCCCUAUCAAUCUCACCACAGCGCCAAUUAUCGCUAUCGCUGUGCUCUGGGCCGCCCAAUGCAUCGAUCCAGCUGUCAUCCGCGAUGGAAUAGUAGGAACAGACGGCGUCAAGCCAUACAACAUCCUCAUCCUCUUCUUUUCGCUCGCGUACAUGGCCAUCACCCUCGACAUCACCGGUAUCCUUCAAGCUGCAGCAUUCUGGGUCAGCAAUAAGGGCGGUUCUAACGGAUGGAAACUUUAUUUCUACUUUUAUGUCAUGCUUACCAUGCUCAGUGUACUCCUGGGCAACGAUCCUGUUAUUCUCUCCGGAACCGCAUUUUUAGUUUAUUACACAAAAGUCGCAGAACUAAAUCCCAUCUCAUGGCUCAUGUCAGAAUUCGCUGCGGCGAACACUGCGAGCAUGGUCCUUUUUGUUGGGAACCCUACUAACGUAGUCAUCUGUGAAGGAUUCAAUGUCAAUAACGCCGCGUUUACUGCAUACACCAUUCUUCCCUUUCUCGCCUGCAACCUCGUGUGUUUCCUCGCCCUCGGAAGCCAAUUCCGAGAUUCAAAAUAUCUGCCACGCAGACUGAACGUUACCGCUGAUCUCGAUGCGCGAUCUGUCCUCCUCGAUCCCAUUGGCGCUUGGGUAGGGAGCAUCAUGCUGGGCACCUGUCUCAUCCUCUGCAUUGUCGUCAGCUUUUUCAAAAUUGAUGUCUGGAUGAUUAGUUUGCCAUUUGCUGUCGCGAAGCUUAUUUACGACUUGACGUGGGACCACUAUAGAUACAUCCGUAAAAUUCCUAUGUUGGGUCGAGGCCUACCUGCUGCUCCUGCAAAGGACCACAGUGCAGGUGCAGAUGAAGAUGUCAUGCUCGCCGCUCUUGAGCGUCAGUUCUCGACGAACAGCAGGCAACGUCAUCCCAACGGUUCACCAGAUCCACAACUUUCCCUCCCAUCGAAACAGCCGACAGAGACCACCAUGAAAUCUUCAACGCCAUUCUCAUCUCCUAAACAGUAUAUUGCUCAACGCCGUUCAACCAUAAUCGCAUUACAUUCACGGCUUCAUACGCAUUUCCCUACUUUCUUCACAGCGCUCCCUCGCCUCCCCUUUGCUCUUGUUCCCUUUGCAUUUUCUCAAUUCAUACUCAUCGAAAGCCUCGGGCACCAAGGAUGGAUCGAGAUAUUCGCAACCUGGUUCGUUCGUGCAUCAAAACGUGAGACAUACCCGACCAUUUGGCUUAUUGGCGUCUUGGGCGUCAUUCUUUGUAACCUCUCAGGAACCAACAUCGGUGCUACCAUCCUCCUCACCAAAGUCGUCAGCGCCGCCGCCCUCCAACCACACACCUACCGUGCAGCAGCCAUCGCGCUCGCCGUCGCCUCGAAUAUCGGUGCCGUCUCUUUCACCUUUUCCGCCAGCCUUGCUGGACUGCUAUGGCGUGGUAUCCUCAAGCAAAAGGGUAUAAUUGUCAGUCAGCGCACGUUUGCGUAUUGGAACAUGCUUCCGCUUGUGGUGAUGACCAUCGCGGGGCUCGCCGUUGUCUCUGCGGAAAUGGCGGUUUUGUAUAGGCAAUAGAUGGAGAGGGCGUACCGGUAUUCUCAGUGCCGGCGGGAUCUCGCUGAUCGCCGCAUGUGGUGCGGCCAAUGAUAGCGCCGCGAUAGCCAAGAAAGAACUCAGGAUGUACCUCGGACACCAAGGCAUGCAACCCUUUAACGUCAGCGGGGAUGGGUGGGUAUGGGAGGUGGGUGAACGCGUGGUGAUGUGUUUAUGUUCACGGAGCGACCCGACAUGAUCCAUGAUGCAUGAUGGACCUCAUGUUUUUAACAACCCUGGAGUGGGCGUCUGUAUCAUGGUUCGGAUUUCAAGAAGACCCUCUUUCGGCAGACGGGAAAAUGUACAUGUUUUUUUUUGGAUUUUAUGAUAGUAACUAAUAGAUCUCUCUUCUCUUCUUUCUGCUUUCUGCCAUUUAAUGCCUAUUCUUGUCAGUAGUAUUGUUAUGACCACAGUUUCUUGCGCUCCGCUGUCAAGGACUGAUACGGCGUUACGGGUUGUUUGGGGUACGUUUUUGGCUGACGUUUGUAUUGCUUUAUUCUUGUAGGCCUUGGGUUUUCUAAUGGGUUUUAGGUGCUUAGACCGGAUAGACGAACGUGUGGGUGAUAGUAAUCGAUCUAUUUUAUACUUAGUUGAAUAGCGUGAUGCGUAUGUGGUAUGUCGUUAUGGACGAC